GAUGAUGAGUCUUGCUUAUCUCGAAGGAAGCAGUGGUUUGACCUCUCGCUCCAUUCAGCUGAUUGAUGACGAGACAUCUCUCGAAGACAAUGAGCAAGUCACGACAGCUCAAGACGCAGAAACAAAUGUUCAGGAGAGCAAUGAUCCUACCAUUGAAGAUCAAGAGUCUACCGUCAAUCUGGUCAUGGAGGACGAUUUCAGGUUAAAAUUCGAUGCUUCGUUGGUUAUUAUGAUUUUACAGAAUAUCUUGCUGCAGAUCUCGUUCUUUUCCAUCGUCUCCUCUUCGUCUGCCUACGCGGAGUAUUUAGGCGGCACCGCUACGUUCUCAGGUCUUGUAAUUGGUAUACCGACUGCAGUCUCCGGAUUGGCACUAAUCCCAUUGACGAAAUAUGAUCGAGGUCAAUACAAACUGGCCCUUCACGUAGCUUGCGGUUCCAUGGUCCUCGGCUCGGCACUAUACGGCCUUGCCUAUAAGGCGAAGUUCCUCUACCUCAUUCUUCUGGGACGUAUGGUCCAAGGCGGAGGAUUCAUCGGAUUCAUGUACGCAAAACGAUACUGCACUGAUUCUAGGGUUGCCGGAGCCCGCCGCCGUACAACACUCGCAGGCUGGCUCGUACUUGGUCAAGGUGUUGGUAUGAGUGCCGGACCAUUCUUCGGCGGACUGCUAUAUAAAGUCGGAUUUAGAAACGCAGUCUUCAAUGGGUACACGAGUCCAGGAUGGAUUAUGUCGGCUGCUUGGCUCGUGUUUUGGAUCGUUUCGACUAUCGUGUUCGAGGAUGUUCAACCCACGAAUUCAUCACAGUCCAUGCAAAUGACUAGUCUUCCUUCUCCUUCAGUAUCUCGAAGCAUUCGGUUCCAUGUAACAAAGAGUCAAUGGGGUGUUAUUGUGACGAUGUGCUGGUUUGCGAUGACCUGUUUCUUCAUCCUUGGAGCUUGGGAGUCCAACAUUCCUGUCUUCGCCUCAUCUUCCCUCUUUUCUCGUUCUUUCCCUCUGAGUCCCUUCCACUGGUCACCUUUCGCAUCCGGCAACUUCAUCGCCCUCGGCGGAGCAGCCAUCUUCCCUUUCCUCUUCAUCAAUCUUCUCCUUGCUCGACGUACGCAAGAUCGACACAUCCUUGCACUUGGCGCAGGGCUCGGACUUGCCGGUCUUCUCACGGCAGUUACACUUUUACGACUGCAGCCUUCUGCUGGUACGCUCUCAUUUGGCACAUUCUUCGUAUGUUGGUUCCUUGUCGCGCUCGGGUUCAACCUCGCAAGUACGUGUACGUUAAGCUUGCUCAGCAAGCAAUUGCCUCCUUCGUGGAAUGGGAAGACAAGUCUUGCAAUCCAAUAUUCCAACUACGUCGGCCGAGUGACUGGUGCUGUAUGGGGAGGAAGCGGCGUAAGAGUCGGAAUGUUGAAUUAUUUGGGCUUGGAAAUUGCGAUUAUUGGCGUUGGAGCGUUCAUGUUCUUGACGCUUUGGCGAGAGCUGAAAGCUAAGACGGGUUGA